UUAAUCUAUCCACCGCCCUUGAUUCGUGCGCUUGCUGAAUAUCUUUCCUGUCCGAGUGAGCCACUCUAUUAAUUCUUUCUAUCUCUGCUGCUGAACUCAAUCCUUCCGCACAUUUUUCGGAGAGAGAGAUAGGAGCGAGACAGAGAGAAGGCAGGAGAAUAAUAAUGAGAGUACGAUACCUCCAUCGCAUCGUGCAUAGAUAAAAGAGCUCUCCUGCCGUCGUCCUUCUUCCCACCCAGCAUCUAUCCGCAACAUGUCGUUCUCCCCCUCGCAACCUCCAGCGCACCUGAGCUCCCUCCCCCCGCGCCUACAACGUCGCCUACUAGCGCCGGAAACAACCGCGCCGAGUGCCGCCCUCUUCAGCACGCUCAAAGCGCUGCUCGACUCCGCCGCCGCCGUGCCGCCGGAGCAGAAAAACAACGUGUGGAAGCUCCUCGCGCGCUCACCAUGCCAGAACCGCACCGCGCGCGCUCUCGUCCGUCGUCUGCGUGCGGACGGCCUCGGCGCCGUCGUGCUAGAUAUCAGACAGGGGUUCCAGUUCCUGAGAGACGGGAGGCGUGCGGGUGGCAAGGGGCCAGUACCGAGGGGACGGGCCGCCGGGAGGACGUGCGAGCUCACAGGCGCUACCGGGGUGGGCGUCGGCGUGGGUGUGGGCAUGGGGGGAUACAUCAUCCCCGCAGGCAUGGAGGGGUGUCAUCGCGCCGAGCACUUUUGGCGUCUACUGGAGUUCUUCUGGGAGACGGAAGAUGUAGCGGCGCUGAGGGAGCUGUGCGUUGUCGACGGAGUGCUCGCGAAGUCGAGUGCGAAUGUGUUGAGUCUGUCGAAGGACGCGGCCGAGUGGUGGGAUCGCAUGGCGUGCUGUGUCGAUCCGGUGUGGGAGUCCAUGCGCGACGGCGAGAAGCGGGCGUUCAGAGUCAGAGUGAGGUGGAUUGGACGGCAGAUGAACCUUGUGGAUCAUAGGACUCAAGGAGAGCUGUUGAGGCAAGGGACGGAGUUUGACUUGUUCACCAAAAAUCCCGGAAAGUUCCCACUACCGGAUCCCGCGCUGCUGCAUAUUCGGGCCGUACUGGCGGGUGCGGCAGUUCCGCGAGGGGCACUAGGAGUGUUCUCGUGGCAUUGCGAAGAAGAAGACGGAGACGAGGAGGAGAGCGAGACAGGAUCGGACACGGACACAGGCGACGACGAAGAGGAUGAUGGGCUCGAUGGGGAAUGCGCGAUGGGCGACGACGAUGAUGAAGACGAGGAAGACGAAGAAGACGAUGACGAUGCCGAUGACAAUGUUUCGGAUACGGAGGGGAUGCUGCAAAGAUGGCUCGGAGAUCAGACGAAGGACCGUACCAUGGACGACGAUGUACGGGAAAAAGGGCUAGUCAAGGAGUUGAGGGCGGUCAGGGUGUCGAAACCAUGGAGUGUAUAGCGGCAGUAGCGGGAUGGGUUGGUUUUUAUUACGUCACAUUUUUCUUAUAGCUACACUUACUUAGAUACCCUUAUGAUAGAAGCGAUUCAGUUCUUUAGCAAUUCAUUCAUCCAACAGAGCCCCCUGAGGGAUAUAUACCAUCACUGUCAGUGGGAAGCUUGGCAGUUCAUCCUCCGCUUUCAUCCCAGCUAUCGUACACUCAGGUUCUUCUUCCCUGAUGUUUUCCGAACGACAGCAGCUUCGAUGGGCUGUUUACUGGAUGGCAUUGCUUC